AUGAAACAGUCGUAUAUUCAAAGUAUACCUAAGUUAAUCUUCGUUCUUUCUAUAAUCUUCUUAUCCAUUUACUUCCUUCGCCCACCGUCGGCAGAGGAAAAUGAACGUAUCGAACAAGCCCUGCGGGAGAAGAAACUCAAAAACCAUCUGCAAAACGAAAAAGUUGCACAACAACAACAGCACGACGAGCUCUCUAGGAAACUCAAUAAAAUGAUCACUGAUAAACGCACAAAGGACGAACAGGAAGCUAUCGACAUUACGAGGAAAAUAAUUGCAGAACAAUUGAAAUUUAGAUUUUAUGAUAGUAUUCCGGGAUCAAGCAUUGUACACAAUGCGAUGAGGUUGAAAAUGUUCAGACAACAACUGGAGUGUAUGACCAGCCGAGGAGACUGGGUGUUUGAUCCCACCCCUAGGCCGAUCAUUAAACACAAGCAGGAUCCACUGUAUGGAAGAUGCGAUAGAGAAUUCGUUCAACAACAAUCAUGGUCACCUGAUAUGCCUGAUAAUUUCACAGUGGAAGAAAAAUGGAACUUCACCCGAGAAUCUGUUAAAUAUGUCUGGAAAACUCCGACAGAAUGUCCGAUGCCAAAAUUUGAUGUUUCACAAGCUUGCUCGAUGUUUUCGGGAAAAUCGUUUUUAUUAGUUGGGGAUAUUUUGCACUUUCAAUUGCACGAACUUUUCCUAGACUAUUUUAGCGAUGAUUCGGUGCAAUGCUAUGGUGAGAUUUCAUGUAAGGAACAUGUGCUCUGCGAUGUUGAUCCCAACAACAAUUGGAAAACCUCAAAGAUGAUGUUCGUUAGAAACGACAUAAUCUCCCUUACGAAAAAUGCUAGCAAUGUCAACAAAAUUCUCGAAUAUCCCUGGUUGAUGAAAAUUCGCCACUUUAAUGUGAUAAUCAUAAACAAAGGACAUCAUUGGCAAAAUGAUGUAUCUUUUCGUAAGGGCCUAAUUGAUCUGAUGAAUUAUCUGAGAAAAGGGUUUCCCGACAUUCUGAUAAUUUAUAAGGCAACAACUUUGGGCCAUCUAAACUGCCAAGCAGCCAAAAAACCAUUAUCCUCACCUCCCAAUGCAACUGAAUUGGAAUCUUUACCAUAUCAUUGGGGCGAAAUUCAUCGGCAGAAUCUGAUUGCAAGAGAAAUUGUUGAAACUGCUGGCGGUGUAUUUUUGGAUUUAGAAUCGGUGAUGAUAACAAGAGUGGAUGGUCACAUCGGAGCCCGAGAUUGUUUAAGAUGGUGUAUUCCCGGUCCCAUGGAUGUUUGGUUGGAUUUUUUAUUUCACAUAAUGAAGGAAUUAAGAUAA